AUCAGUUCACGACGAUGUUGUCCGUCGAUAAACAAUUUAUUAUAAUAUAUUAAGUAUAUGAUAUGGGUACGCGCAACGCGUGUUUACUUCUCAUAUUUUAUCAUCAUAUACGAACAUAUUUUAUCUGAAACAAUAACCACUGCAAAUGCGUGUCGCGUAGUCGACGGACGAAAUAUUCUGUACAGUGUGCCUACUUCCGUUUAGUGAAAAUAAUUAAUAAUGAUAAUACUAACAGAUAGAAAAAUAACAAUAUUAUAAUAUAAUACACCGCCGCAGACGUGAAUAGUCUAGACGAGUUUCACGCGAAAUAAAUAUUUAAAAAAAACGCUACCUAUACAAUAGCUGUGCAUAGAUAUACACAUAAUAUUUUUUUAUAAUUAAUUGAGUUGUAUCGUACACUUUUUAGAUUUCUUUAGUUUUUCAAUGUAUAUUAUUAUAAACUACAACACGUGUAAAUCAGCCUCGCACAACUGAAGCUACAGUCAGGCAGGAACGGGAGGACAAGCGAACCGGUUCGAUGGCGGCGAAUCGGAACGGCGAGAGUUGUAGUAGCGACGACGACGACGACGAAGACGACGAAGACGAGGACAGCAGCGGAUCGUGUUCGAGCUGUUCGACCGCGGAAGCCGACGACGACGCCGCGACCCGACGGCGACUGUCGUCCGGUCGGGCGACGACCGUUGUCGCAGCCACGUCGCUCGACCUGCUGGACGCUCGGAGGUUGCCCGACUUGUUGGACGCCGAACGGCUGGUGGCCGUGCUGGACGGGUGUCUGCGAUCGGAGUACGUGCGCGGUUGCGUGGUCGAGACGUGGGACGCGGUGCUCAGCGACCACCUGGAGGCCAUCGCGCACCUCGUGCUGUACCAGACGCCAGAGCACGCGGUCAGCCAGGCCGUAUACGAACAGCUCGUCGGACUGUCGGCGACACUCCGGCCGCCGCCCGACGACGACGACGACACCCCGCGGCAGCAACGGCGGCCGGCCCGCGUGGACGCCGAGCGCGUGUACGGCACGCUCAGGUCGGCGGCCCAGUCGCUGUUGACCACCAGGGUGGACGCGUGCUGCCGGCAGAGCAUGUGCAGGGCCGUCGGGUUGGCCGUGGCGGCGCUCCGGUGCAGCACGCGGCCCGUGUUCUCGGUGGAAAACUUCGUGGUGGAGAUCAACGAGGCGGCCAACUUCGCCAACCUGUACUGCACCGGGUACGCCAAGCGCAUAUGCGCCGCCCUCGAAGGCAUCUACGACACGGUCAUGGCCGGCGACUAUCAUCCGACCAACGUGGUCGUCCAGAUGGCCGUCAUGGACAAGUGCAUCAAGGCGGCUCUCCGGACGCUGGCCGACGCCCGGGCCACGGCCGCGCAGAAGACGGCCGCCCAGCGGUCGCUGCUCGCCGAGCUCGACGACGUGGGCGCUACGGUGCGCAUGAAGAACUACGGGUGCGUGGACGACGCGGACCCGCAACAGCAGCUGCGCAGACUGGACGCGGUGGCCACCGCGGCGUCACCGGCCCGGUUCGUGCACUUCACCAUGAGCCCGUGGCGGGCGCCCAUCCGCAUGUAUCACCAACAGUCGCCGACCAGCGUGGAUCGGGUGAUCAGGACCACGGUGCACCUGAUCGAGGCUCUCGUAGCCGAACUGUUCAAGCCGUGCCUGAACGGCCGACACGGCGUCCGCCGUCGCCGCCGACACCGCGCGUGCAGCAGCCGUCAGGUGCACGACAAACAACUCUAGGACGACCCUUAUUUUAUAAACAUGUUACGUCGUUUGUAUCAGUGAGAUCCAAAACUCGCCUGUACAUAUUAUAUUAUCAUACUUAUUAUCCAAUUACGCGAACUACGCGAGUUUUAUUAUUUUCAUUAUUAUUCUUAUUGUGUGUAAUGUUUUUUAUUUAUUAAACGUUUUAGAUUUAAGUUGUUUUAUUUAUAUUCAUAUAUACGUUAUACGCAUCAGUGUGCUGUACCUACCUAGCAAUUGUUAUUAUUAAAUGAUAAUACGAUUUUAUUAUGCGUAUGAGUUCUUAAAUUUUUUCCGUUUUGCGUUUACGACGACGCCUAGCUAUGAUACAAAUUAUAUUGUUAUAUAUUAUAAUAUUA